CGGCAGCGUCUGCUCCGUUACACGGAGGGGGCCGAUUCAAGCCUAUUGUGUGCGGGCAGCAGCAUCCCCCGCCCCGCCCCCUUCCCCAUUUCAGCCUGGACCAAACCAUCCCGAAAUCGAGGGGGCCCCGAGAGGCAGCGGGGAAAGGAGCAUGCCAGCCACUUGGCCCAGCCGCGCUCUCCCGAGAGCUCAAGGCCGGAGCUCGAACCGGGGCUUCUGGCUGCUUUUUGGCUAGACCCUGCGAGGCCGCCCAUGGAGAAAAGGCAGCCCCGGAGCAAGGCAGCUUCUUUCCCUCGACUCCCCCUCCGCGUUGGCGAGGCAGUGGGAAGGACGGAGCUCGGCGCCGCCGCCGCAGCCAGCGGCUCUAGCUGUGGCAGCAGCAGCAGCAGCAGCUCGGUCGUGGGAGAGUUUCAUUCAGCGCGUGGAGGGAGCCCCGCGCGCGCCGGCGGGACGGCUUAGCGGGCUGCGCUGCUCCCGCGCGCCCUCAGCGGUUCGCCGCCUCGUCUCCCCUUUCCACGGAAGCUGGCGUCGCCUGGCGCGGGGCUUGGUAUCUCCGAGGAGAGGCGCUGCAGAUCACUGCUUGUAGUGGAGCACAAAGGAACCGCAGAGUCUUCCACGUCCUUCAUUGAGAAGAAAGAAGCCAGCAGAGCAGGAUUAAUACAGGCUUGUUUCUGGUGGUCUUCUUAUACAAAGGCUGCCUUCGAGGGUGGGGGAAGAAGGAAGAAAGAAACACCGUGCUUAUUUAAUGAGCUGUGAAAUGAAGCACUGCUGCUGCUGCUGCUGCUAACCUCCCAAUUCCUAGAUUCAUCUGCUAUUCAUUGUGCUUAAUAUACAUGUUUCUGCACUGUGCAUUUAGAAGAUCCCAGAAAGGAAUUCAAAACGGCUGCCGGGGAAAGACCACCAAACAUGCCUACAGAAACACUACAGACAGGUAGCAUGGUGAAACCUGUCAGCCCUGCCAUCACUUUCACUUCAGCCGUUCCACUCCGCAUUCUAAACAAAGGACCUGACUAUUUUCGCAGGCAAGCAGAGCCUAACCCAAAAAGACUUAGUGCCGUGGAGAGGCUGGAAGCUGACAAGGCAAAAUAUGUUAAGAGCCAAGAGGUCAUCAACGCCAAACAAGAGCCUGUGAAACCAGCAGUGCUUCCCAAGCCGCCAGUGUGUCCUGCAGCCAAGCGGGCUUUGGGCAGCCCUACCUUGAAAGUGUUUAGCAACAAUGCAAAGACUGAGAGUGGUGUCCAAAGGGAGAAUCUGAAGCUAGAGAUUUUGAAAAACAUAAUCAAUAGCUCAGAGGGCUCUAGUUCAGGUUCGGGUCACAAACAUAGUUCACGAAACUGGCCUCCCCACAAAUCCGAUUCAGGAGACCUUAACCGGCAUUCGUUUGCAGAAUCCUUAAAGGUUUACCCCACCCAAGGCCGUAGCAGUCCUCAAGAAAGCAACUCCAAUGUGGGUAGAAGGCUAUUGGGACAGUCGCCAGAGUCAUUCUUGCACGUUUCCCAUAGCUCAUCAGACAUUAGGAAAGUAUCUAGUGGCAAAACCUUAAAAGCAAUACCGUGCAGUAGUUCAGCUCCACCUCUCCCUCCCAAACCCAAAAUUGCUGCCAUCACCACGCUGAAAUCACCAGAGAUGGACACAGUAGAAUCCAGCUGUGGAGUCAGUAGACGACCUUCUCUACAGCGAUCUAAGUCAGACUUAAGUGACAGAUACUUUCGAGUUGAUGCAGAUGUUGAAAGAUUCUUUAACUACUGUGGACUGGAUCCUGAAGAACUUGAAAAUCUUGGGAUGGAAAAUUUUGCAAGGGCUAACUCUGAUAUUAUCUCUCUCAAUUUUCGCAGUGCAAGUAUGAUCAGUUCAGACUGUGAACAGUCUCAGGACAGCAACAGUGACCUUAGAAACGAUGAUAGUGCCAAUGACCGCGUGCCAUAUGGCAUUUCUGCAAUCGAAAGAAAUGCCAGAAUCAUCAAGUGGUUAUACAGCAUCAAGCAAGCUAGAGAGUCACAGAAAGUGUCCCAUGUGUGAGUUGGAUCCGCAGGGGGGCAAAGAGGGACUGUAUCUUUGUGAAUAUUGUGAAGGGUUGUGAAGUCUACUUGAAGUCUUAAUACACUUCUCAGAUCUCUUUUUGUGUUGCUUGUUGUGCAAUGUUUUCAAGUUGCAUGCCUGUCAACAUGUGAACUGACCUGGCUUCCACUUGAACAAUAACUAGCUACAGAGCCUGGCUAAGCAUACACACAUUAUCUGCCAAAAGUUUAAGACCAGAAUCUAAAUAGGGCUUUGUUUAUGAACAAAUUGUUUACAUUAAAUGGUUAUAUGGCUUCUUUUUUCUAGAUCUGUAGGUCCCUUGUGGUUGUUUUGGGGUUUUGUUUUGUUUUGUACAUUUUUGUGUGUGUCUUGAGCACAGGUAUAGUUAAGACACAGGACAGAAAUUGCCAACCUAAGAUUGUUAUAGCACCGUGCAUUAGAAUGGCAUAGUAGUCUGUGGAAUGAAUGGGUCAGAUUACCUGUAAUAAUAAUAAUAAUAAUAAUAAUAAUAAUAAUAAUAAUAAUUUUUAUUAUUUAUACCCCGCCCAUCUGGCUGGGUUUCCCCAGCUACUCUGAGCAGCUUCCAGCACAUAUAAAAACAUAAUAAAAUGUCAAACAUGACAAACUUCCCUAUACAGGGCUGCCUUCAGAUGUCUUCAUCUGUGAACAGCAGUAAAAGGCAGUGGUAUAGGGCUGAGGUUGCAGGGAGGGUGGGGGCUGGCCUGUCCAUGAACUACAUUGUAUAAUGCAAUUAUUUUUCUUUCUUUUUUUAAAAAAAGGUUGUUUACCUUUCAAAGAAAGGAUACACAGGUUUUCUGUCGUAAUCUUCUAACAGAAUCCACCCUCCACACCCAGCCACAUGCCUGGUGCCCCCAUACACAGCCUUUUUACAAGCAGUGGUCUGGAAAGCUAUAAACUAUUUUUUUGAUGUAGCAAGAACGGUAAUGGUUUGGUUUCACCAAUCAAGGGGUAUUUUGAAAAGAGGCUGGGAAAAUGAAAAGGAUGGGUGGCAUUUUAAAGGAAACUUCCUUGUCUUAAACUUUUGACAGGAAUGGUUAGAUCCUGUUUGCUGAUCUUUGAAUGCCUUUAAACUAGACAAAGCACAUCAUGAUUACAAGCUCCUGCUGCUGACUACUUUUUUUGUAGAUCUGUUUGAGCAGUUCAUGAACAGAAAAUGGAAGUACACAGCCAUAUCAGUAUAAUAAGAGCCUCUUACCCAGAAGUUUAAACACACUCAAUAUAGCUGAACUAUAUCUGAGAAAUUGUGAUUAUGUUGUCUUAAAUAUGUUAUAUCUUAAGGCUGUGGAAGUUUGUUACAGCUCUAGGAAACUGUAGAAACAUGACAGUAUGUAGCUUCUUCUUUUUGUACCCUUCUCUUCCUCCUUGCACCGUAUGAUGUUUAGUGCUGCACGUCAAUCUGUUACACAUUUUUCUUUUGACAAUCUUGUGUCUUCCCAAUGGUUUAACUGUCAUGUCAAAGUGGCAGUUGUGGUGCAUAGCAGAGAGUUGAAAGUGCAGUGGUCUGCUUCAUUAUUAUUAUUAUUAUUAUUAUUAUCAUUAUUAUCAUUAUUAUUAUUCAUGCUUUGAAGUACUUUGCAGCACUCUUAUACUUCAUCAGCUAAUAGGAAACUUUUUCUUGUGUAAAUGCUGUAAGACUUUGUACAUAUUUCAGUUCUUACGAGAUCUUUAAAAAAAAGUGUUAUGCUAAUAAAUAGCUCUUGGUGCA